AUGUUCGCAAAGUUUGGCCAAAUACAAACUCCCAAUGAAACAUUUCAAACAAUUUGGUGGAAAUAUUUUUUUUCUAUAAAUGAUCCACCACAAAUAAUUACAACCGAUGAUAUCAUAUUUUUUUCAGGAAAAUACAUAAUCGAAAAUUCUGAACAGUGUCUUACUGUUUCAUAUGCAAGCAUUCUUGGCACUAAUCACGAAUCUAAUAUUACCAAUAUUUUCAAUAUUCCUUCAUGUGUACCACACUUUACCAGUACAGCCAAUGUUAAAAUGCAAAUGACUGCCUUUUAUCACUCUCAAUCAACUAGAUUUGAAAAAUAUUUAGGUCCUUUAGGAUCUUAUAUUAAAUUAAGUCAUAAUUAUCUUAUUUCGGGUCUUAUCAAAUUUUUGGCAUCUGGAAAAAUAAUGAUAGAAGCAACGGAUGUAGACCAUUUAAAAACUUUAAAUAUGAAUAAUAAUAUAUUUGAAAGUUCUCCUUCGACAAUGUCUAAUACUAAGUCAAUAAUUAAUAUCAUCAGUAAUGAUAUCGAAUUUUCAGUUAAACCUGAUACUAGUACCACCUAUAAAGAUAUUCAAGAAUCCCAAAAAAAGAACAAUCAGAUCACAAAAAUAAAGCGGUUAUUAAUUUAG